AUGUCGCGCUCUACAAGCCCAGAAGAUAUAUUCACCCUGAUCCAGGGUGAAGCAAGGGUUAUACUUAUAUCUAUUUUUAUUGCGUUCUCACAGUUCCAGUACGGUUAUGACUCCGCUGCAGUUUCUGGAUUCCAGAGCAUGCCUGGUUUUCUCGCUGUAUUCGGCUAUGUGGAUCCUACAAACUCUUUAGGCUUCGGCAUUCGCACGUCGGUCCAAACUCUUAUCCAAAGUCUUCUACAGCUAGGCGGCUUCCUUGCGUCCGUUUUCAUUUUCAAAUUUGGAACUCGCAUCAGUAAUCGGAGAGGACUGUGGGCCGGAUGUGGGUUCUCCAUUAUUGCAAUCAUUCUUCAAAUGUGCAGCGUUCAGUUCGCUGCUCUCUAUGCGGGAAGACUCAUUCUCGGAAUAUCAAAUGGUUUCUACCUGACGUAUUCGGCUACAUAUCUGGGAGAGAUCGCACCUACCCAUCUACGUGGCUCUGCCGUGGGCCUUGUUACAUUUCAAACAUCAUUCGGCGCCUUGAUAGGUGUCCUGAUCGAUAACUAUACGACGAAAUACCUGUCUCGCACUGCAUAUUUGAUUCCCUUGGGUGUCAUGCUUUUUGUGCCGGUGUUCUUAUCGAUCGGGUUGCUUUUCCUCCCAGAGAGCCCACGACACUAUGUACGCCUUGGAUCUGACGCGAAAGCCGAAAAUGCGCUUCGCAUUCUUCGGGGUAUCAAGGACCAAGAUCAGCUUGUGGCUGAAGUUGCUGCAAUACGCGAAGCCUGGAUUUUGGAAAACGCCCGCAGCGAGAAUAUUCGGCUCAUCGACGCAUUUAGAGGAAAUGACCUCAAGAGAACGGUCCUCAGCCUGUGCUGCAGUAUCGGCCAAACCGCGAGCGGGGUCAUAUUCUUUUCUUCUUAUUCCAUCUACUUCUACGCCGAAGCGGGUGUUAAGAAUGAGUUUAUUUGGGUCAUGAUGAGUUUGGCAAUCGCUCUCACCGGCAACAUGGGCGCCUUUUUUGUCAUGCGUUUCGUUGAGCGAAGAUUCCUGUUGAGUAUAUGCUCUCUCGUCAACGCCAUAGUCAUGUUCGCUAUUGCAGGCGUAUAUACACGAUUAAGCACGGGAUCCUACACUGCGGCACAAGUCCUUGUCGCAAUGGGAACAUUGUUUACCUGGGUCUAUGGCGUAGGGCAGGGUCCUGUGCUCUGGGCACUGACGGUGGAGUUGCCGUCCCAGCGACUACGAUCGAAGACUGUGGGACUCGCAACAGGCUGCAACUACAUAUUCGCAUGGCUCGCGACAUAUUGUUCUCCCUAUUUCAUCAACCCGACCGCGUUGGACUGGGGACCGAAAUAUUGCUAUAUUUGGGGGACGAGCAAUCUAAUUCUAGCAAUCUGGGCCUUCUCGGUGAUACCCGACGUGAAAGGCAAAAGUUUGGAGCAAAUAACAGGUUCAAUGAUAGGGCAGUCCAAAAAGACGACUGAUGAAUCAGUGGUGGCCUCGUGA